AUGCAAUUCCUCAACACUAAGGUUGUUGGUGAUGACGACCUUGAUGAGGUUAUGUAUGCUGACGAAAUUGUAGAUGUAGGUCGAGUGGAAGAUAAUGAUGAAGGAGGUAUAGGUGUAGAGGAGGAAAAUUGUGAAGCUUUUGAAGCCGAUUAUGGACCAGGUGCGAGGGAUGACAAUGGAGACGAGAGUGAUGCAGAUAGUGGAGAUGAUAUAUGGGAUGAAGGGAGGAUUCCAGAUCCUCUUUCACCCAGUGAUGAUGAUGAAGAAUUUGACGACGAAGGUGAUGCUCCCCAAAUUGAAGAUCCCGAAGAGAUAUUGAGCUUUGUAAAAACGUUUAAUGGCCCAGAAGAAUUCAAGAUAGGUGUGCUAAGGUACUCUCUCAAGACUAUAUACGAUGUUAAGCUUUAUAGAUCUCAGAGUUUGAAGAUAUGUGCUCAGUGUUAUACGACUGAUGUAAAGUGUCCAUGGAGAUGCUAUGCUUCGUAUGAUAAGAAGAAGCAUAAGAUGCAAGUAAAGAUCUACGAUGAUGAGCAUGCAUGUGUGAGGUCUGGAUUUUCAAAGAUGUUGAAGACUGUGACAAUUGCUUGGUUGUAUAGAGAAAGACUGCGAAAUGAUCCUAAAAUUACUAAACAUCAGAUGGUUGCAGAGAUCAAGAGAGAGUACAACUUUGAAGUCACUGAAGAUCAAUUUUCAAAGGCAAAGACAAGAAUUAUGAAAGAAAGAAAAAUCACUCAUGAAGAACACUUUGCUCGUAUAUGGGAUUAUCAAGCUGAGAUCUUUCGAUCUAAUCCAGGGACAACAUUUGAGAUCGUGACUACUCCUGGUACAUCCACUGGCAGCUUACAAAGGUUUUAUCGGUUAUUUAUUUGCUUUAAUUCACAGAGAGAUGCUUGGAAUAAUACAUGUAGGCCUAUCAUAGGUAUAAAUGGUGCCUUUCUGAAAUGGGAUGUAAAGGGUCAUCUUUUAGCUGUUGUUGGGAGAGAUGGUGAUAACAGAAUAGUUCCUAUUGCAUGGGCUGUAGUUGAGAUUGAGAAUGAUGAUAAUUGGGACUGGUUUCUUAGGCAGCUCUCUGCCAAGCUGGAUCUUCAAGAUGGGAAAAACAUAGCAAUCAUAUCAGACAAACAAUCAGGAUUAGUUAAAGCAAUUCACGAAAUCAUUCCACAAUCUGAGCAUAGGCAAUGUGCUAGGCACAUCAUGGACAAUUGGAAGAGAAAUAGUCAUGACAUGGAGUUGCAACGACUCUUAUGGAAAAUUGCUAGGAGUUACACAGUAGGGGAAUUUGGUGGUCAUAUGGAAGCAUUGAGGAGUUACAAUCCGAGUGCCUAUGAUUCACUACUGAAAACUAACCCGAGAACAUGGUCUAGAGCAUUUUUCAGGAUUGGAAGCUGCUGCAAUGACAACUUAAACAACCUCUCAGAGUCUUUCAUUAGAACCAUCCGCCUGGCCCGUCGGAAACUUUUGUUAGACAUGUUGAAGACUAGAUUCACAAAGAGAGCUCAUGCUGAGAUUGAGAAGAUGAUUUCUAGAUCGCAGUUCUGUGAAAAGUGGAUGGCAAGGCAUAAUAAACAUGAGAUAAGAUGUGGUGAUGUCAAAGUCUGUGUUGAUAUGAGUGACCGGACUUGUGGCUGCAGGAAAUCUGGUAUACCAUGUGUUCAUGCAGCAUCUGUCAUCAUAGGAAAGAAAGAGAAGGUGGAAGACUAUGUUGUUGAGUGGUACAUAACUAGAAUGUGGCAGUUAACUUAUGCUGAUGGUAUUGCGCAUGUUCAAGGCAAGCUGUUGUAG